GAUCACUCAAUAUCUUCGGACAGUUUAUGAUCCCGUGCUUGUGUUAAAAUGAUUAACAGUCAAUGCUUGUUUACGUGGGAAAGAAUAGUUAACUCUUUCCUAAAAGAAGGGGGCGGUAGUGCGCACGAUGCCUAGUGUUAGCUGCCGCAAAUGCGAGACCGAAGAAGAAGAAUGUUUGAUAACAUGCGUGUUGUGUAAUAAGCGUGCAGAGACACCCCACAAACUGCCUCGUUGUGACCAAUGCAAGUCUUUUAAAGAGACUACUAUCCUCUGCGGGGCUCAUUGCCUGUCUUCGAGCAGCUUAAUUCACUCAAAAAAAAUGCCUGAGGGACCAGAGCUCCACCUGGCCAGCCUGUACGUGAACAAAAUGUGCGCAGGAACAGUGUUCACUGGACCGGUCAGAAAGUCCGAGGUCAGCAAGUGUCCCGACGUGCCCUUCACCUGUGAGGCCUACGUGAUCACUGCUGCUUCCAGAGGGAAGGAAGUGAAGCUCACGCUGACGCCAAUGAAGAGUGAUGACUCGAAAAAGGGCGUGAAGGAAGGACACGCACACCAGCCCAUGGACGUAGUCUUUCGCUUUGGGAUGUCGGGCUAUUUCCGCUUCACCGCAGAGGACGAGCUGCCCAAACAUGCCCAUCUGCGUUUCUACUCCAGAGAGACGCCCAGCAGAGUGCUGAGCUUCGUGGACGCACGCAGGUUCGGCAGCUGGCAGCCCAACGGGACGUGGCAGCCCGACAGAGGGCCUUGCGUCAUGUUUGAGUACGGAAGCUUCAGGGAGAAGAUAGCGUCGCACCUGUCUGACCGUGCCUUUGAUAAGCCCAUCUGUGAGGUUCUGCUCAAUCAGAAGUACUUCAACGGUAUCGGGAACUACCUGAGGGCUGAAAUUCUUUUCAGGACAAAUAUUCCCCCCUUUGUGCCUGCCCGGACCGUUUUAGAAGAAGUAAAGUCAGAGGAUGCUUUUGAUAACAAGAAAGCUGUGCAAAAUGAGAUCACUGACACAAAGACUUCAGACGGCACUAAACUGAAACAAGCAACAAGGGAGACGGGUGACCUGCUCCGAAUGUGCCAUACCGUACCUCUAGAGGUGGUGAACCUCGGUGGAAAGGGCUACGACCCCCAGAAGUCGGACUAUUCUGGCUUUAAGGCGUGGCUGCAGUGUUACUACGUGGAUGGAAUGAAAUCCAUACGGGACCACAACGGCAGAACAAUGUGGUUCAAAGGAGAUCCAGGCCCCUUGGCACCCAAAGAUUCAAAGGCCCCAAAGACCAAAAAGAGCGUAAAGAAAGAAGAUGACCACGAUUACACAGAAAAGAAAAAGGUGGCCAGGAGCCGCUCUGUAAGCUCAUCCAAGAAGGAUCUGGUCAAACGGAAAACUGUGACCAAAACACCAAAGAAAGAAAAAGGUUCAGCAGAAGCCGGAAGCCGAAAGGUAAAGGCACCACAACUCGUAAAGGGAUCAACUGCACGCAGGAGUAAAAACAGCAGCGCUGAGUCAGCUGCAGGUCCACAGAGGCGGAGUGAGAGAGUGACCAGGCAGAACAGCAAAUAAAAAAUAAAAAAGGAGGCACAACUGUACUGGAUGUAUGUUUUUAUACUGCCAAAUCGUUUUUAAUAAAACAGGUUUUUACAGAAAA